GAUUUUCUGCAUGUCUAUUCAAUUUAUUUUUGGGAUUAAAUCCAUUAUUUUGUUUUAUUUGUUUUACAACAAUGUGAGAAAACUGAUCAUUACUUUGAUAAAACAAAUGCAAAUUUCUUUUCACUUCAAUUUAGACAUUUUAUUUGUCUUAAAGUAACAUAGUGGUAGAAUGGAAUCUAACCCUAACCCUACUUACAUUGAAAAUGUAUCAGCUAAAAAUAAACCAUUAAAAAAAGAGAAUGGUGCAAAAUAAUAAUUUAGCCAAUAACUGAUAAUGCCAUUAGUGUUUUAUUUCUUUGUUUUUUUAUUUUCUUGUUCUUUUGUUGGCAGGGAGACAACACAAACUCACACACACAACAUUAUGAAAUAAAUAACCUUUAUUACACUAAACAUUUAUGGGCGUUUUAACCUUUUAGUGCCCGCUUAUUAAACAGAUCUAUGUUAUUGUUCAGAACACGCUGGCUUUACGCUACAAAGGUCAAAGAUAAGGUUCAUAAUUACUCGUUACAAGGGUCAUAAAACAUUAAUGCAGCCUUAAAGACAGCAUUAUAUUAUCCUCCAUUUUCUGAAGUAGAAACAUGUUUGUCGUGUCUGUGCUGUUCGCAGCCUCUGUGUGUGUGACACACUGUCAUGUCAGCGGACAAACACUGAAUGCAGGACAAAACUCUGUCCAACAGGAUGUUUACGGAGCAGAGUUCCCUUAUCGUCAUCGUCUUCAUCCUCUGUUUCACUGUCACGACACGAGUCCGUCUGCAAACGUCCCCACGUCAGUUGAAUUUGUAAAAGCUGCAGACGUAAAAGUCAUCGCUGCACUGGGAGACUCUUUAACUACAGCCUGUGGUGCUAACGGCUCCACAUUUGUUUCCAUAGCAUAUGAGUAUCGUCAUAUGUCGUGGAGCAUCGGAGGACACAAAGAUGUCAUUACACUGGCAAACAUUUUUAAACUCUUUAAUCCCAAACUGCUGGGUCUGUCUCCGGAGAUGACGUUUUACGGUAACCCCACAAGCGUCAGUGAGACCGGCUUUAACUUCGCUGUCACCGGCCACAACACGCUGAACAUCUUAAACCAGAUCAGAAACAUGAUUGACACUUUCAAGUCUCAUCCUGGUCUGAACUUCCAGAAGGACUGGAAGGUGGUGACGUUGCUGAUCGGCAUGAACGACAUUUGCGAUUAUUGUAAAAACAAGAAGCUGUUUUCCCCCGACAGCUUCGCUCACCACAUGACGGAGGCUCUGGACCUGAUGAUGAACGAGAUUCCCAGGACCAUCGUGAACUUGGUGCAGAUUCCGCCGAUGAAACCUCUGAGGAAAAUACACAAACCAAUUCUGGGCUGUUACCUUCGGAAGGUUUUCUGCUCUUGCUUGAUUAAACCUGAAGAGAACUCACCUGAACUGCAGGAGCUGGUUGAGAUUAACUAUGAAUUUCAGAGACGUUUGGAGAAGCUGUUGCAGAGCGAUCGGUUCAUCAAGAAGGACUUUGCUGUUGUUCUGCAGCCCUUUAUGGAGAACACAGAACCACCAAGACUUCCUGACGGGACGGUUGACUUCAGCUUCUUCACAGCAGACUGCUUACACUUCAGCGUGAAGGGACACGAGGAGCUCGCCAAAGGACUGUGGAACAACAUGUUUCAGCCUGAUGGAGGGAAAGACAGGAUAAGGACAUUUUUAGAGCCGAUGAAACCCAUCUGUCCACCACCGGAGCAUCCUUACAUCUACACCAGACCCAGAGAGGCGUCACUUACAGCCACGCUGAAACGCUUCGCCUUCACACUGAUGACACUCUUUUCGUCGCUUGUCCCCUUUCACUCACCGUAGCUGUGAUCCUACGACAUAAAAACACUUGUUAUUUACAAUCAAGGCAAAAAAAAUAAACAAAAGUGGUACUGUAAUUCUCAUGUGAUUAAAAUGAAUAAAGCAUAACAAAGA